AGCACUGUCUUUCCAGAUUCUAGAUUAAAGUUUUACUGAUCCUGUGAGCUGGAUUUUAAUGCUCCUGUUUCUCAAGGAUUGGUGUUGACCCUACUGAAUGAACGAAGAUGAGUUCUCAGUCUCUGUGUUUCCUGCUUGCGUAUAUGUUUGUAUGUGCAAUCUUCUUCGAAGAUGAUGGUCUAUACAACACUUGCCAAAUAAGUGAUUCCGAAAGCAACUCCAACUGCUCCUCGAUGAAGUUAACGAAUGUUCCUCGUGUCUCUGCCGAGACGUUGAUAUUUGACCUGUCCUAUAACAGCAUUUCACAGAUUAUGGAGACGGAUUUCAUCAUUUAUAGAGAGCUCAGAAGUCUUCUUCUGCAGUCAAAUCAAAUCCAAUCUAUCGCUGAUCAAGCAUUCCAGCUCAACACAGAAAUAGAAUAUCUUGACUUGUCCGAAAAUCUUUUGACUAAACUGACAGCGAAUUGGUUUAAGCACUUUUCUAAAUUACACUAUCUCAAUCUUUUGGGGAAUAGGUACACAACUCUAGGACCAGGAAGACUAUUCGCCAAUCUCUCACAACUCCGAUGGCUAAUAUUUGGUAACCCUUUCCUAUCCCGUCUACAGAAAGAUGACUUUGUAGGAAUCCCACAUCUGGAUGAAUGUAUUUUAACAGCAACUAAUUUAGAUUCAUAUCAACGAGGAGCAUUCAGUUCCUUCAGAAGCAUAGGCCAUAUUGCCUUGGGUUUACAGAACAUGUUUCUGAACAAGACAGACCAAGCUCACCAGAUUCUCAUUGAUUUGUCUGGAUUCACCACCCACUUAGAGAUAAGAGACCUAACAUUUUCUGACAAAGGUAACAAUCAGAUACUUCCUGUUGCAAGAAAUUUGUCAUUUGUAAAACUCACCAUUGCAAACUGUUCCAUUAAUGAUCACACUGCAAUUGCCUUUGUAAAAUCCAUGACACACACAAAACUAUCAGAUGUAGUGGUGAAAAAUUGUGUGCUUUCAGGAACUGGCUAUUGGCGCGAAUUGAACAUCGGUGUACAAAGCAGGCAACGUCAGUCACUAACAUUAGAUAAUAUAUCCAUUAAAAACUUUUAUAAAUUUCAUGAACUUUCAUCGAUUGGCCCACUUCUUGAAAACCUUAUAACAGCAAUAAUGACAAGACUAAAUAUGGUUAUGAUGCCCUGUCAUAUAUCGAAACAAUUAAAACUGGCGGAGCAUCUAGAUUUAACACAUAAUUUGCUCUCCGAUGGAAUUAUGACAGAAACGGUCUGUUUGGGUGCUUGGCCAUCUGUGCGCUACCUUAGUCUGAGAAAUAAUCUAUUCAAAUCUCUCAGUAGAAUAAGUCCCAAAUUAUCAACACUUUCUACUCUUACCCAUUUAGAUUUGAGCCAAAAUAGCUUCACUGGAAAGAGUGCAACAUGCAAGUGGUCGAAAAAUCUGCAAUUUCUAAAUCUUUCAAGCUGUAAGAUACAAAGUAUAUCACAAUGUCUCCCUCCAAAUGUUGAGGUGUUGGAUUUAAGUAACAACGUCCUCAGCAGUUUUGACGUCAGCCUGCCUUCGCUCAAGAUUCUAGAUGUGUCCAAUAAUAAGUUUAAAAUGUUACCAACUGAUAGCUCUCUACCAAAGAUGGCGAUUCUGAACAUCAGCAACAAUGAACUCAUCUCACUCACAGAGGAAGAGAUCAAGUCAUUUAAAAACCUUGAAUCCUUGCAGGCUGGAAAAAAUAAUUACAUUUGUUCGUGCAAAUUCCUACUGUACAUGAAGCAGUCCAAAAUGGUACAACUACUGGAACAGCCAGGAAACUACAUCUGUGAUUCUCCUCUAACUCACAGGGGACAGGUUGUGCAAAAUGCCAAACGCUCGUUCUUUGAUUGUCACAUGAUAUUGUCUGUAGUCUUACUCUGUGCAAGUGUGUCAUUAGCAACAAUGAUUACUGUGUUCACAUGCUACAAGUACCACGGGAUCUGGUACCUCCAAAUGACCUGGGCAUGGCUACAGGCAAAGAGGAAGCCAAAAAAAGUAAGGACGAAUGAUACUUGUUACGAUGCAUUUGUUUCUUACAGUCAGAUGGACUCGGACUGGGUGGAAACACUCUUGGUGAGGGAGUUAGAAAGUGUUCAACCGCCACUGGCACUCUGUCUUCACAAGCGGGAUUUCGUUCCAGGCAAGUGGAUCAUUGACAACAUCAUUGAAUCCAUCGAAAAAAGCAGGAAAACCUUAUUUGUUUUAUCGCAGCAUUUCGUGCAGAGUGAGUGGUGCAAAUAUGAGCUUGACUACACCCACUUCCGUCUGUUCGAUGAAAACAAUGAUGCGGCCAUACUUGUUCUGCUGGAGACUAUCCCAAAGGAGACCAUUCCUCAGAGAUUCUGCAAGCUUCGGAAAUUGAUGAAUACGAAGACCUAUUUGGAAUGGCCUCAGGAUGAGGAAGAACAGCAAAUGUUCUGGUUCAAUUUAAAAGUCGCACUAAAAGGCGAUGUGAAUAUAACUGAUUUGUGAAUAUUCUCAUGAGGUCACAAGCGAUAGGAGCAGAACUAGGCCAUUUGGCCCAUCAAGUCUACUCCGCCAUUCAAUCAUGGCUGACCUAUCUCUCCCUCCUAACCCCACUCUCCUGCCUUCUCCCCAUAACACUUGACACACAUACUAACCAUGAGAUCAAUUUUAGAUAUUAAAUAAAAUGGCAAAACAAAAACUGGCGGUGCUGAGAUUAACUGAAGGGAAAUAUAUUUUGAACUGUGAUAAAUGGCAACAAUACAUGGAGUUGAUGCACAGUAAUAAUGUUAAAACUGGUGAAAUGUCUAAAUGGCAUAGUCCUUUAUCUAUGCUCCCAAGACAUCACUCCUCUCUAAAUAAUCUAUUGUAGCGGCGCCUGCUGGUGCACGCAGGUAUCGAACCCGGCGUUCGGAAGCCGCGGUCAUGUGACUCGGGAUGGGCUGCUUGUUUUCGCGUGGUUUUGCUUUCGCGCGGCAGUUCAGCACUGACCACCGUUGUGGACAGACGUGUCAAGAGAACCUGUAAACUGAGAAGUGAUUUUCAUAAUAAAAAUUUGUUAGAAAUUUCAGCUGUUGUUCUUGCGACCGCCAAACUAUAUUACUAAAAGUCUGAUCUUGACCACUUCCUGUUGUUCUGUAUAUUGAUUUUAGAAAAAACGCUGCCACUUUCGGCUGUGAUUUUUGGCCAUCUUACUCAGAGUCCCCCUCCUCUGUGCAGGACAAGAGGAUUUUUCCCAUCGAUGAAAAAUAAAAGAGUUAUUAAUGUUUAAAACAUGUUGAGAUUCUCUUUCCUGAAGGCCACGUCCCUUCCGGAGGGACUAUAAAACCCAGAAGUGUUGAAUGCCUCAGUCAGUCUCUGCAAGAUGGGGGAGCAAGAGGGUCACGUCUCUCAGUCUGAGCUGUGAAUAACACUGAACACAUAUCUACUAAACUGUGAGUGGUUUUACUAAUCUGUCAGUACCCUUAAUGUGGUUUGAAAAUAUAGUUUGGAAAUACUAAAGCUGUGUUGCCUUUGGUUUGGAAAUGCUAAAGCUGUGUUGCCUAAUUAAAGUUGCCUUGCCUAAUUAAAGUUGCCUUGCCGUGCCAAAUUAAAGUUGCCUUGCCUAAUUAAAGUUGCCUUGCCUUCUAUAUAAUUAAAAGUUUAAUCUUGACCACUUCCUGUUUGUCCCUUCAGCCCACAACACCCAUACUAUCACUCCAGAUAGCCCCAAAUAUUGGAAUUGGUGGAGAGGUGGAAUAUUGCUUUGGGGGACCCGCCCUCCUGUGUGAAGCUGAGACCCGACGGGUCCUACUUAGUCUAGUAAAGACUAUAAAGUAAUAUCAUAAAGUAAAACACAUAUCUUCCUUAAACUUUCUCUUAGCUCACUUUGGACGGUACAGUGGCGCAGCGGUAGAGUUGCUGCCUUACAGCGCCGGAGAUCCGGGUUCAAUCCCGACUACAGGUUUUGUCUGUAUGGAGUUUGUACGUUCUCCCCUUGACCUGCGUGGGUUUUCUCCGAGAUCAUCGGUUUCCUCCCACACUCCAAAGACGUACAGUUUUGUAAGUUCAUUGGCUUUGUAUAAAUGUUAAAAAAAAAUGUCCCUAGUGUGUGUAGAGCAGUGUUAAUGUGUGGGGAUCGCUGGUCGGUGCGGACUCGGUGGGCCGAAGGGCCUGUUUCUGCACUGUAUCUCUAAGCUAAACCUUAAAGUUAUGCCUUCUGCUCUUUGACAUUUCCACCCAGGGAAUAAAGUUCUGACUGACUACCCUAACGAUGCCUCUCAUAAUUUUGAAUACUUUUCGCAGGUCUCCCCUGAAACGUCUGGCAAUCCAAGUGUGUUCAACCUCUGCUUAUUGCGAAUACCCUGUAAUCCAGGUGUCAUUAUGGUAUAAUGCUUUUGCAUUCUCUCCAAAGCCUCCACAUUCUUCCUGUAAUAGGGCAACCAGAACUGCACACGAUAUACCCAAUGCUUCUAACCUCAGUUUUAAAAAACAGCAACAAGAUUAAGGACUCAUGAAGGCAAGCAAGCCAUAAAACGCUUUUGCCAUUGUAUCUACUUGUGUUGCCAGUAGUUUCAGAGAACUAUGGACUUAGAUUCCAAGAUCCCUUUGUAUAUGAAUGUGGUUAAGGGUCGUCAUUAAUUGUAUAUUUUCCUUGUAGCGGCACCUAGUGGUUAGGCCACUCUUGCUAUGCGAAUCCUCGGCAGUCACAGGAAGAAGUCACGGGAUAUAGGGGUGUGCCCUAGUAUAUAAGAACUGACCUUCCCUCGCUCUUCCUCUUCCUCUCACUUCAUGAGAACGUCCUGCCACCUCGGCAGGAGCUCAACCGAGCCCACGAGGCAACAGCCUCUCAGCAACAACAAUGACUAUUAGAUAAACGUGCAUGUAUAUCUAACCUACAAUGGCUGAAUAAAGAAUCCAUUUAUUCACGACGUUUGUGCCUCUACAUUGGUGACCCGACGUUCCAAAACGGGUAUUUUGGUCUUCAAAUUGGUAGUGACCUGAUGUCUGCAGCCGACAGCCCAGCCCAGCUCUAUGGUAAUUAACGCUAUGUAUACAGCCAUCAACUCUGCGCGGCAACCGGACGCCAUCUUGGGCCCUGCCUAUGCCUGGGCUAGCUGAUCGUUGGCUGCCAGGGUCGCUCACCCGCAUCCCUGGCCCACUGCAGCAGCCAGCGGCACAGCACCUCAGCCCUCGCUUCCUCUUCCGCAGGACCUGCCCGGAGAUGCCCACCGGGGCUGAGAGGCCGUGUCUGCUAUCGCUCCCCCACCAGCAUGUGUAG